UGCGCCUUUACCGUUACAAACGUGCAUUAUUGUUAUAUAAACUAAAAAUCAAGAAUGGUAUUUGACAUUCAAAAAACAGUUUCUAGGAAUAAUAACUUCUAAUGAUAUUUUUAAUUUUUAAUUCUUCACCUCAAAACUAUAUCAGUAAAUUUGGAUCAUGGCCUUACCAAGAUGUUGUGUUAAUACAACCUUUAAGAGGUUGGCAUGGUCACAGAGGAGAAACUUAGUUGUAAAUAAAACAAAGUUCAUUUCCUGUUCAAUAAACAAUAAGAACUCUAAUGGGUGCAGAUGUGAAGGACUUCAGGUAGCAUCACUUAUGAAGCAAGAAGGUCAAGAACUUAAAGAAAUGCCUAUUUUAGUCAGAGUUAAGAUGGACAGCAUAUUACCUCAGCAAUCCUUUACACACAGUUCUAAAAAUGGUGUAACAUUAGAACUUUCAGACCAAGAUAAAACAAUUAUAGCACAACUUGAAGACUGUAAAACUGUUAAUGAGAUUGUUAAGAAAGUAGAAAUUCCAUCCGUAGGAUUUACAAGCAUUUCAGCAUUGUUGAUUCUCCAGAAAAUAUUGCUCUUGAAAGAGACACAAAAGAAUAUCACUCGCUUUGAAUCACAUUUUCAAGAUGAUUUCAUGAAUGAAUUAUACAAAACAAUUAACAUAAGUAUCUCUUCAUAUAGUAAUACAAUAUUAAUUUCACUUGUGAAUGGAUAUUGUAAAUCAAAAUCCUUUCAAUUCAAAUGUACAGAAAGCAUUAGUGAAGAAAUUGAACAACGACUUUGGGACAGUAACUUUUCAGUAUCAGAGUUAUGUACCUUGAGUCAUAUUCUUGUUGGCCAUGACAAUCAGUUACAUCGUCUCCUACAAUUAAUUUGGGUUCACAUGUGUCAUAGGGAUGAAGAAAUUGAUGAAAAAAAUUUAUCACCUGUAUUCCUGUCAGUUCCAAAUAUUCCUUUAUGUGCCAAGAAAAAUGUGUUUGAAAUUCUGUGGAAGAAGUUCAACAGAGUUUGGUGGGAAAUUCCAGGAACAGAUCUUUCAUUAAUUGUGUCAGCAUUGAAGUUACAUAAUGUAAAGAGCUGGACCUUUUAUGAUCUAAUCAGCAAAUGGUUACUUGUUAAUAUAAAUGACAUGACAGCAGUUGACCUCAUCAAAGUUACUGAGGGAUAUUUAACUUUAAUGACACAUUGUGAUGUUUUUGUGCGGGCCCUUGAAUUAUAUGUAAAAACACACAGCUCAAACAUUAACAUAGAUUUACUUGCUACUAUCAUGAAAUAUCAACACGUGAUGAAUUACUGCUCCCCCAAAAUUCUUGACUGUGUAGCAAACAAUUUUGAAAAAUAUGGACAUUCUUGUGACCCAGCUCAGUUGUACCAUAUCCUUGUGCCAUUUGGACAUUUUAACUACAAACCAGAGCAAUUAGAUGAUAUGUUCCUUGUCGCUGAAGAAAUCAUACAGAGAGAUUUUGACAAGUUUGAACCUGUACAUAUCACUGAACUACUGGCUAGUUUUGUUUACCUUGAUCGAUUGCCUUUGAACUUUGCCUCACAAGUUCUGUCUCUUUCAUUUUGGAGGAAAUGCAAAGAGACCUGUACACAAUCAAGUCUUGAAAGGAUUUCAGUAUGGAUGUCAACCAUCAAAUAUGCUGUAAAAGAUACUGGUGCUUUACAGAGAAGACUACAAACUGUCAGACAUGCUUUCUAUGAAAUGAGAAAUAUAUCAAGAAAAAAUAUUGAGAUUUCAAAGAACCAUGAAAGAUAUUUCAUGCUAAACAUUUUAGCUGAGCUUGAGCGAAGGUCUUGUGUAGUGGAUUUGAAAUAUGCAUUUUGGAACGAUACUUUCUUCAACUUUGGUGCCCUUAUAUUUAUUGACCAGGAUAACAAGGUUGUCACUUUACAUGAUCUGAUACAUUAUAAUCACAGGAAAUGGUUCAGUGAGAUAAAUGAGAAAGUCAAUACCAAUAAUAUUGAGGACAGUACCAACAAGAUGCUUGAAAAAGAGAAAGAAUCAUCUCAUUCUCCUGUUGUGGCAAAUUUAUCUGCUGAUAAGAAAACAGAAAAAUGGAUAAGUACAUAUGGUGACAUGAGUAAUGAAAAAGAGACUGUCAGUGAUGAUAAAUAUGCCAACUUUUUGCCAAAUAUGGAGGGACAGUAUGCUCUCUGUUAUCCAAGAUUCAAGGAAAGAAAAGAUGUGACAUUGGAGAGUUUACAAGCAAAAUUUGGUGUUUUUCCUGGACUGUCUGAAGUACGCAUUAUUCCAAAUUUGAUUUUUGUGAGAUAUUCAAUCAAAGAUAGUGGUGUACAGUGUCUGGAAAAAUAUUCAAAAGGUUUGAUGAUGAGAGUUGCUGAAGAAAGGAUGAAGAAAGGUUCUGGAGAAGACCAGGAUUAUGACCUUAUAUUGAAGCAAACAACCAGUGAUAACUCAGUUAGUGACAGUGAAGGAAGUUCAAACAUAGAUGUGCCAGAGGUAUUAGAAAAGUUGACAAGAAUGAUAUCAGAAUGUCAAAAGGAUAUUUUCAUUGUUGUUGACACAGGCAUGUUGAUUACAGAUCUAGAUUUAGUGCAAGGUCUAACUGCACAUGGUAAACCUGCUUUAGUAUUUCCAUGGGUUGUGAUGCAAGAAUUGGAUUUUUUGAAAAAGGGAAAGACAUCAAUAUCCUCUAAUACUAUUGAAACAGCCAAGAAAGCAAGAUCUGCAGUUCAGUAUUUAUACCAAUGUUUCCAAUCUAGUCACCCACGUGUUGUUGGACAAACACCUGCACAGGCAAGAAUUGCCUCUGAAGUCAGUGAUUUUAAAGCUGAAUGUAGUGAUGAUAGGAUAUUACAAUGUUGUAUACAAUAUCAAAGUAACAAUCCAGAUUGUUCAGUAUUGCUGCUGACUAAAGAUUUAAAUUUGUGCAAUAAAUCUCUUAUAAAUGGCAUUAAGGCAUUCCCGCUGUUGGAAGGAGAACAACAUUUUGAUAAUUUCAAAAAUAACAAUACUGUUGAAGACAGAAUAUCUAUAGAAGACAGGAAAGAAAGGGAUGAAAACCUCCCUAGAAUAGAGGGAUUAGAUUUACUAUUCCAAACCAAUGAUAUAAUGUCACAGGAAGGAUUGAUCAAUGCUGAAUGGCAACAUGAAACAGAAAAAACUUAUGAUGAACUGCUACAGGAUAUCAAAUAUUUUACAGACACAAAAAUUGUGAAGCAACAGUACCGCAGGUUACAGGAUAAAAUUAUAGAUGAACACAAUUCAACAUGGAGACAGGUUGCAAUUUUACCAUACACCUCUGAUUGCUUUUGUAAAAACACAGGCAAACUUCUUGGAGAAUAUGCCAUUCAAAAGAAAUUCCUGGAGGAAAGGCAUUUUACUGUUGUUGAGGUUAAGUACAGUGAAAUGCAUAAAAUGAGAGAGAAGUUGAAAGCCUUUAUUCCACUUGCACAUCAGACAGAACCAAAACAUUUAAGACAGUUAAAACACAUGAUAUAUCAAAACAGAUUUCCAUUGUAUUUUAUUUCUUAUUGACUGUAAUCAAAAUGACUUAACCUUUGUGUUCUUCUUCUUUGUAUGCUGAAUUGAUGUUAAAGUAUCGCCAAAGUUUAUCACAGUGUGUAAUUUAGACAAUCACAGAAUUUUGUUAUACAAACCCAAAUAUGUUUACACAGUAUAUGUAUGAAGAUAUGUGGAAUAUGUAAUUUAAAACUCCGGAAACUACAUUAGCCUUGCUAUGAAAUAUAAAUUUUGUGAUCAUACAAAAUUUUUUACUUUACUCAUUUAUUAUGCUAAUGUUUGCCAAUGUUAACUUGGACUGUUAAGAUAUUGCAGCGAGUUAUACACCUGUCAAUAUGGAAUUGUUCAAGGAUCUGUUUGUGAACACUAACAUUUCUGAACAAGACAUUUCAGCAAAAUUUUGAGAAGGAAAUACCCAAUUUAUGUAGUCAAGUCCCCAUCCAGUUUCCAAAUCAAAUCCCUUUAACUUUACAGAAUGGAUCUCAUAUACAAGAGGUGUUUUGUGAGUUUUCCUCACUUUUCCAUACUCAGAGAAGAUGAAUCACAUUUUCAGUAAAUUAAGGCAUAGAAUUAAUGAUUUUGCUUAAUCCAUAUAUUUUUAAGUUUUAUAUCUGUAUUGAUUUUAAACCUUUAUUAUAGACCCUUCUUGUUUCAGUGAAUUACUGUGAAAACUGUCCAUAUGAGACUUUACCCAUUUUUACAAUACAUGCAAAUCUUAUUUGAUUAUUUUUAUAAUUCUUUCUAAUUAUACUUUGUUGUAUGAGAAGAAAGACAAAAUGCUUUUACUUUUUUUUUUAAGGAAGAUGAUCAGCAAUGAAUUAAAAUGAAUCAUUCCAUACACUGUAUUAUCCAUAUCCUAAUAAAAUGAUUUGUAAAAAGUAUUAUUUGUAUUUUUUAUCAAAUGCAUAGUAGUAAACAAUAUACCUUUACUAUUAAACUGAGUUGGUAUACUGCAA